AUGUAUGCAGCGGCGCAGUGCGAGGUACCAGGGAGACAUGGCUCGCGAGCGGUCGCCGAUCGCGAAUUACUUUCACUCGACUAUCCCCGGGCGCUGACCGCGCGGCCGGGGUCGUCGGCCGCGAGCGAGCGCGGGAAACGCCACCCGCCAUCGCGCCAUUCAGAAAAGCGCGCCAUGUUUACACAGAUGCCCGCCGAAACGCGUGCCGUUGCAUCACUUCCGUUUGCGUUCCGUUUUGCCGCUUAUUGA